AUGUAUGAUCACACACGCAUGGAUGGUGGUACCGGAGAGAAUGCGAACUGUGCCUCAAUGCAGCAGUGUGGGCCACCACAAGGUCGUGGCAUCUUCUUCCUCUUCUUCCCAUCAUGCACCCCAGUGCCAGUUGGAAACUCUCGCAACCUCGCUCGCUCUAUCGUCCUCGUCGUCCUCGUCCUCGUCGCUUUCCCCCAAAAUUUGAGCUCACAAGCCGUCCGUCCGCGCAGCGCAGGGACUCACAGUCUUAGCCCACUACCGUCAUCUCCACACUUCCACCUAGCCUACGCCUGCGCCUGCGCUUACGCUUACAUUUACACCUUACCACCCCUCGACCCUGACAGCGCCUUGUUGUUUGCCCGCCUCGAAAACAACCGUCCCCGACGCAUCACCUCCGUCGACGUCGAAGCUCCAAACGCUCAAUUCCUGAGGACUCGCAGGCAGUGCGUCGUCGUAGGUGACGGUGCUGUCGGCAAGACAUGUCUCCUGAUUAGCUACACGACCAACAAGUUUCCCUCAGAAUACGUUCCAACUGUCUUUGACAACUAUGCAGUCACUGUUAUGAUCGGUGAUGAGCCAUAUACCCUAGGCCUCUUUGAUACGGCUGGACAGGAGGAUUACGACCGACUCCGCCCACUCUCAUACCCCCAGACCGACGUCUUUCUCGUCUGUUUCUCGGUCACCUCCCCGGCGUCCUUUGAGAACGUUCGCGAGAAGUGGUUCCCCGAGGUUCACCAUCACUGCCCCGGUGUGCCCUGUCUGAUUGUUGGCACGCAGGUAGAUUUGCGAGAGGACAGCGCGGUCAAGGACAAGCUGUCCAAGCAGAGAAUGGCGCCCGUCAAGCGCGAGGAUGGCGAGCGAAUGGCACGGGAACUCGGCGCAGUCAAGUACGUGGAGUGUUCAGCACUCACUCAGUACAAGUUGAAGGACGUGUUUGACGAGGCCAUUGUAGCCGCGCUCGAACCACCAGCGACCAAGAAGGAGGGUGAGAGAAAGAAGGGAAAGAAGUGCUGCAUAUUCCAUUCGAUAUCUUCUUGCACACUCUUCAUUCUCCAUUCUGCCUUUAUACUCUUCCCCGUGCUUGCUGCAUUACCACUCGGUACACACACCUACAAGCUCGAGACGGUCAAUGGCGAAAGCUGUGUGAACGAGCCAGCUACUUGCAAUGAGGAAAUCCUCCCUUUUCCACGCCAUCCCCUCUACCUCUUCAUCUCGGAACCAUGCUCUUUUCAUGACUUUAUCCCAGUGAUGUCCGUCUUUACUCCACUUCCACUUCCACUUCCUCUUCCACUUGCUCUUCUACUCUUUUGUUUCUUCUGCUCCACAAUCUUUGAUUCAAACUUGCCAUACUAUCAACGUCGUCUUUGUCUCUGGCGGGGAUACGGUUCAAUGUAUUCGACGCUCUACAUUUCGGUUUGCAGAGUACCGACAUGGUGA